AUGCCGUCAGAAAUAAUACAUUGUGUGUUAUGUGAUCGACGGGAACGAGGAGCACGUUCAAAAUUUACAACAAUUACAACUAUGGAACGACAACAAAAAGUUUAUGAAGCUUAUGAAAAACGUCAUGGACAACCCUUAAAUUAUUCUUUGAUCAACAGGAAAGUACAUUGUUCUUGUUAUCGUGCACUUACAUUUAGUUUCACACCCGUGCCAGUUGUAAAUAGAACUGGUCGACCAAAAUUGUAUAAACGUCCUCGACGGUAUAAUUUAACAACAACAAACACCUCUACAAAUCAUCAAUCUUCAUUCAUCAACAUUCAACGAAAUUAUUCUCAACAAAAUGAAGCACAGUCUUCUAGUGUCGAGUUGAACAUGAAUAUGAAAAUGGUUAAUGAUUAUUACUCAGAGGAAGAGAAUGCACAGCGGAGCAACGUAAUCAAUGUGAUAUCUGCGGCAGCUGUUGAUGAUAAAAGUUUUGAAAUAGCAAGUAUGACACCAGGGGGAACACAAGCAGAUGAUGACAAUCAUAAUUAUCAAAGCAGCGAAGAUGAAGACUGUUAUAUAGAAUGGACUACUCCAGCAAUAUUUUCAUCAAAUAGUAUACAAAAUUAUUCGAUGAUUCCAAAAAAAAUCAACUCGAAUGAAGAAGAUGAAUAUGUAAAUUUAAAAAAUAGAAAUGAAAAAGAAAAUGUUAGAGCAUAUCGUGCAAAAACAGGCACCACCUCGAGUUCCCGUCGAUCACAUAGAAUUCAAACAAAAUUACACGAAGCUCCGCCAUGUCCCCAAAAUUUACUUGGUAAUGAACUAUAUCGGCACGAACGAUCCGAACAACUGCUUACGAUAACCAAUAGACUUGGUCAUACGCCAAGCUAUGAUACAAUUGUACGUUUACAUGUAGAAGCUGCAGAGAGAGCACGAUUAGGAUCAAAACCAUUAAUUUAUCCUCGUCAAGAAAUAUCACCUGGUGACCACAACUUUGUUGUGAAAGUUGCUGACAACUUCGACAUUAAUCCGGACAGAUUGCAUGGAAAUAACAGCAUUCAUAUUUUGAACCAGAUAAUAAUAUCUACACCUGAAAAUAAUGAACUACCUGCCAUGAUCACUGAUUGUGUGAAUGAUUUACUUGAUAAAAUAAUGAAUUCAAUUAUCUCGACUCCGCAUCGAAUUGAUGUCGUGUUCGAUGAAGUUGAGAGCAACAUACUGAAACGGUUGAUUAAAGUACAUGGUCGUAAUAAUGAUAAUACCAUGUAUCAGUUGCGAGGUGAUGAUCGACUUCAAUUACCAUUUAGACAAUUUGCCCAUUGCAAUCGUGUUGUUCUUGCUAAAUGCAUCCGUCAAUGUUGGAUGGAGUCUGAUCUUAUUAAAUAUUUACCAUUAGGACGUCUUCUUGUUGUUGGUGGACCCGACACUACAGCUGUUAAAUUACAAAAUGGGCAGGCUCCUCAAGUAGAUUAUCUUUUAGAAUCAAAUCAUUCUGAAUCACGCACAAGAUUAUUAUUGCACACAAACAUAAUUAGCCUUGAUCAAUUGCAGAAAACAGUUAUUAUCGAUACCACCGAUACUGAUGUUAUUUUACUUGCUAUCGCACUUGGAUCUACAAUUAUGCUCCAUCAUCUUAUUAUCAAGUCAACAAGUACUCGAACUAAAAAAAAUACAUUUAUUGAUGUAAAAUCUAUUGCAACUGGUCUGCGUCAAGCAGCUAUUGAUCCUACAUGUCUUCUUGUUCUUCACAGUCUUUCAGGAUGUGAUACAACCUCAUUUAUUAGGAACAUUACGAAGGAGAAAGUUUUCAGUUAUUUCUUCGAUUAUCCUGAUCAAUAUUCAUCGAUAAAUAAAUUAAAUUGUAUUCCACCACCUUACGAAGCUAUUGCUGCUUGUGAACAAUUACUUAUUAACUGUUACUCAUUUGGAAGAAUGGUUCAUUCACUUGACGAACUCAGGGCCAUGAAACUUAUGUUUUUAAUAAAUGUUUAUUUAGUGGCUGAAGUUCGCAUGAAGGAUCGUACUCGCACCAAUAUUGCAUCAUCUUUACCACCAUCAACAUCAUCAUUCCACCAACAUUGCUUAAGAGCUGCUCGGCAAGUUAAGAUUUGGCUUGACUGUCUCGACUCGAACCCAACUACACCAUCUAUGCUUGAUUCAGGUUAUAAAAAUGUUGAUAGCAUUGAUCGAUUCAAAAUUAAAUGGAAUGAUCUUCCUGAUCAACCUUCUGAUUCUCGACUUAUCACUUGUGGUGACUGUAAAACGAAUUGCAAACGUUGUAAAUGUUGGAAAAACAAUAUUAGCUGUACAAUUUAUUGCAAAUGUAAUGUUGAUUCCUGUAUUAAUCAACCAAAUACGCAAAGCAUCACAUCGUUAACCUCAAAUGAUUUUCUUAUUGAUGAUAGUAGUGAUGAUGCACGUUCAACAGAUGCAUCUAUACAAAGUGAUAGAGAAUGUGAUGAUGAUUCAUUUAUAUCAGAGUCAGAGAGUAUCUAUAAUCAGACUGACGACUCGGAAAUCUAUAUGGACAAUUAUGAUCGAACUAAUGAUGAACUCAAUCUCAACAAUUGUGUUAUUGAUACUUCAACAGCUGCUUUGCAAGAUAAUCUAUCUCUUCACAUACUUCAUGAUCAUAAUUACUCCAUAGAUGAUUCCAACAGCGACAGUAUAUUGAAUUUCUCCAGUACACCUAAAAGACGACGAACAGCAACUAUGACUUCGGACAUUCAUGAUACUUCAACACCAAGUUCAUCUCCAUUAAUACACUCAACUCCAAAAGCACAAACGAUAACAAGUUCAACUACAACAUUUUUUGUAACUUUAGACUUUUAA